UAAAGCUGAGCAGAGACAGGCCAGAUCCCCCGGAGAAGUCAUGCUUUCGGGAGAUGCGGAGUCAUCUGUGAAAAAGCCUUUGGGGAGCUCUCUCUGGGAACACUCGUGGCUCUUGUGAGGAAAGGGCUGCGAGGCUUGGGUGAUUGGACGGCUGGGCUGCAGCUAUGGACCGAGAGCUGGCCCAGGCCCGCAUCCUUGCUGAGCCUGCCCAAGUGUGGCUGCUCCCACCAUGGGCUCCUCAGUGUACAUCACAGUGGAGCUGGCCAUCGCCGUACUGGCCAUCCUGGGCAACGUGCUUGUGUGCUGGGCCGUGUGGAUCAACAGCAACCUGCAGAAUGUCACCAACUUCUUCGUGGUGUCGCUGGCGGCGGCUGACAUCGCAGUGGGUGUGCUCGCCAUCCCUUUCGCCAUCACCAUCAGCACCGGCUUCUGUGCCGCCUGCCACGGCUGCCUCUUCUUCGCCUGCUUUGUCCUGGUCCUCACGCAGAGUUCCAUCUUCAGCCUCUUGGCUAUUGCCGUUGACCGAUACAUCGCCAUCCGCAUCCCGCUCCGGUACAAUGGCUUGGUGACAGGGACAAGGGCGAAGGGCAUCAUUGCAAUUUGCUGGGUGUUGUCAUUUGCCAUCGGCCUGACUCCCAUGCUGGGCUGGAACAACUGCAGUCAGCUUAAGGAAGGCGGGAACGGCACGCGGGCCUGCGGUGAGGGCCAGGUAGCCUGUCUGUUUGAGGACGUGGUCCCCAUGAACUACAUGGUCUACUACAACUUCUUUGCUUUCGUGUUACUGCCCCUGCUGCUCAUGCUGGGAAUCUACUUGCGGAUUUUUCUGGCGGCCCGGAGACAGCUGAAACAGAUGGAAAGCCAACCUCUGCCGGGAGAGCGGACCCGGUCCACGCUGCAGAAGGAGGUCCACGCUGCCAAGUCCCUGGCCAUCAUCGUGGGGCUCUUUGCCCUCUGCUGGUUGCCACUGCACAUCAUCAAUUGCUUCACCUUCUUCUGCCCCACAUGCCAACACGCCCCGCCGUGGCUCAUGUACCUGGCCAUCAUCCUGUCCCACAGCAAUUCCGUCGUCAACCCCUUCAUCUAUGCCUACAGGAUCCGUGAGUUCCGCCAGACCUUCCGGAAGAUAAUCCGAACCCAUGUCCUGAGGCGACAGGAACCCUUCAAAGCCGGGGGUUCCAGUGCCUGGGCCUCAGCGUCUCACAGCACUGAGGGAGAACAGGUCAGCCUCCGCCUCAAUGGCCACCCCCUGGGGGUAUGGGCCAAUGGCAGUGCCCCCCAUUCUGGACGGCGGCCGCCCAAUGGCUACACCCUGGGGCUGGUGAGUGGAGGGAGUACCCAAAGAUCUCCCGGGGAUGUGGAGCUUCUUAGCCAAGAACACCAGGAAGGAAGCCAAGAGCACCCUGGUCUAAGGGAUCACCUGGCCCAGGGCGGAGCAGGGACAUCCCCAUGGUCCUCAGAGUUUGCCCCUUCCUGAGGGAAAGAACUCUUUAUCUUUUUGGUUGGCUGGACCAAUCUCACUAAGAGAAGAAGAAAAAAAAAAAAAAAAAAAAAAAAGAAAGAAAGAAAGAAAGAAAAACAAAAAAGACCAUGCCAGGAAACUCACUGGGUAGCUGGUUCCCACUUUGAACUAAGAGGGAACAUCAAGCUGAAGCCGC